GGGAGCCGGUUGUGGGACGGUUGUCUGUUGAACGCCAAGCAGGCCUCCCUACGCACCCAUAAUAUCGGUGGGUUACCCGAUUUGGAGGGCGGGGGGUGCAUAAGAGCGCCAACACGGAAGUGACACCCAAGUUCUACCUACGCAGGAGGCUGGCUUCAGCAAUCAUACAUACACGCCGCUGGUGUUGUUGACGACUUGGCUGCAACAUAUAUAAGAGGACUUUCGACAAACAUGGCCCGCCGUACUCUACCCUGGGCGGUGUCCGUGGCCGUUGCCGUGCUGGCUAGUUCCGCCUCCGCCUUCGUUGCUUGCCCGAGCAGCGGCCCCGGCAGUCGUUGCGCGCCGCAGCAACAAGUCGCAACGGCAGCGGCGACCUCGACUGCUUCAUGCCGGCGGUGUCACGAUCACAGCAGCCGCACAACCGGAGGAUAUGUGGCGGGGGCUGAGGGCGGGCUGGCCUCCUCUUCCUUCUCAGCAGGGUUCCAGCAACGACAGCAGCCCCGAAGGCGGUCGAAUGUAUCCGCAAGAAGAACGAGGCAUCGGCACAGCAGCACUGCUGUGAUGAUGAGCGUGCCGUUGGAGACAGCAGCAGGGGAGGUCGACCGGCAGCAGAAGCACACUUACGAAGUGGUGUUCUUGCGGCACGGGCAAAGCACCUGGAACAAGGCGAACCGGUUCAUCGGGUGGACGGAUGCCGAGCUGACGGAGGAGGGGGAGAUUGAAGCGCGCGUUGCCGGGCAGCUCCUCCUUUCGCAGGAGUUCGAGUUCGACGUGGUCUACACCUCGAUGCUCAAGCGAGCCAUCAAGACAGCCUGGGUGGUCCUCGACGAGCUGAACCAGCAGCACGUACCGGUGACGGCGGACUGGCACCUCAACGAGCGCUGCUACGGCGCCCUGGUGGGCAGGGAGAAGAAGGAGUGCGUCCGGAGCUUCGGCGCGGAGCAGGUGAAGAUUUGGAGACGGUCGUGGGACAUCCCGCCGCCCCCGAUUGACAAGUCCAGCAAGCUCUGGCCCGGCAACAAUCCCAGGUACAAGUUUCUCAUGAAGAACGGGGAGAGCCAGGUGCCCGUUCACGAGUCCCUCAAGGACGUCAUGAGCCGGUCUUCCGCCUACUGGGACGAGGUGAUCGCACCGGCCAUCCGGUCCGGCAAGCGUGUGUGUGUCUGCGGCCACGAGAACAACCUUCGCUCCCUCCUAAAGUACAUCGACGGCAUCUCGAACGCGGACAUCAUGCACGUGGAAAUCCCUCGAGCGGUGCCGCUUGUGUACUACCUCGAUGAGGAUCUCCGGCCGGUGAGGUUGGCCAACUCUGCCGAACAUCUCAGCGGGGAGCGGGACAUUGCGGCCAUACAAGAACGCGACCGGAAGAACGUGUACGACCUAUCGGUGUCGACCAACCUCGAGGAGGUCGGCACGCCGAGGUUUGCGGCCAAGCUCGACGAGCUGGGGCGGCCGUGCGACGUCGACGACUUCGGGGGUCCCGCCGGGGGGGGGGAGGAGGGCGAGUUCACCGGCUCCUUCUUGGAGACGGGGGUUGGGGAGGAAUCUUGCGGCACCCCGGAGAUAUCGUCGAAGGCCCUCUUCCUUUACAACCGCGGGGCGGGGAAGGCGAAGCCACCCCCCGCCAGCACCAACGACGAAAACGACGACGACGACGACACUAGCAGCAGCAGCAGCAGCAGCAGCAGCCCGGUGGGAGCAGGGGCGGCAGUGGCGUAGUCUCCUCUCAAUUAGAAAAGCAGGCGAAUGAAAAUGUCCGUGUGCACAAGGCUCCGCCCCAGGAGUAGUCGGCGGUGGAGCUGGUCCCCUGGCUGUUUGGGGGGGCGGGUGAACUCACCUUUUUGAUGGCUUGGUUGUUAGACCAUGGACCAUGCGUGCUUCAGAGGAUGGACCAUGGCUGCAUGGGGGAUGGAGGGGCGCUUUUGUUGUCGUUUCCGGGCUAUAUGGCGAAGGGGGUCCCUGAUGUUCUUGCCACGGCGCCCCCGCGAUGGUUGACUUGCCCUGAGUCGAAGAUGACUUGUUGUUUGUGGUACGCGACGGCGCCGCGUGCGGUCAGGUCUCAGUCUGUUGGGGGCCCAGGUUCAAUUAUAUCGUGCUUUGUCGUGCUGUUUCUCGGCAGCAGUGACAGCGACAGCGGCGGCGGGUACAGCGUGGGUGUGUGAACUGUUGGUGGCUGUGGCGCGUCGUCUUGUGGUUUCACCGGGGGACACACACCACUUCUUAAGUGGCGAGGGAAGGGAUUGCUGUACACUUCUCGCGAUAAAAAUAUCGCACGAGGGGGUCCAACCCCCCCCCUCCUAUGUGACCCCGGUUGGGUCGUCUAGCUGGUAGAAGUGGAGGAUAGGGGCCAGAGGGGCAGACGACAGUCCAAUGAUGGGAGAAAAAUAAAACAACAAAACCACCAGCCGUGAAGGAGAGACGAUUGCAGUGGCAUUUUUAUCGCGCUAUUUUGUUGCGCUCAAUCAAGCCUUGUGCUGUAUCCGAGGUAAGAGCGGCAGGAAGAGAGCGCCUCGCUCACUGCUGUUGCUCACCCGAAAACUCGAGUGCAUUUGGUGUUCGAAUGGAGGCCCUCGAAGAGGACGAGGACUCGUAACCAUGAACCGCUGCGGUUGUCCUCACCUUCCGUGAGCACCCGAGCGCUGAUUUGCGUCGCCACGGAUUUCCAAGACGGAGAGAUUUUAAGAAGCAAAAGCACAGCAACGACGGCUGUGCCCUUGUGCCCGGAGGGGGGGGGUAGCCCUAUCAUUUUAUGGCGGAUGGGGGGGGGCGAUAGGACGCGCAGGGGGGGCUUUUGCUUUUGUAUCAGUUUUCGAUUACAUGGAAGCAUGGUUGUGCGGGCGGCGUGCUUACCAUCACGGCCGCGAGUAAGGGGUAUGUGAUUUUUUCCGUUACGCGCACGCCGGAUCUAUCUUUAUCCUUGUAUUGUGCGGUUCAUUUUUUUUUUUUGUGUGUGUAGUUUUUCGAGGCCGUGUAUAUAGCCACACGGUUUCUUACUGGUCCGUGGUACCGACGAGAAUGUUUUUCCCUCGAGAAGGUCAAUCCCAUGUCCGUUUCUGUCUCUGUUUCGGGUCUACGAAACCCACCGUACGGAUAAAUAACGCAAGCAACGCAUGCGGCUUGGGGUGUGUGCUCGACAUGGUGAACUGUUUGUGUUGUUCCUUUUUUUUUUUUUUUGCCCGUCGUCCUUGACUGGAUUACCCUUUGAAUCCGUGAAAAUCGUAAAUAGCUAUAUUUCCUUCUGUGGUAGUCCCGGCGUAGUAGGAACAAAUGUUUCACGCUGGGUAAUGGAGUCCCGGCGUGCUAUACGGGCAUUUUUUUCGCACGCUGGGUAGAAGAGCCCACGGUUGUGGAGGCGAUAGGGCGUGGUGUGGUGAUCUCGUUCUUUGGGUGCCGUUGGGGUGGGUGGCACCGAGAUAAUCCUUCUGCGGUAAGUGUACCGGCGAAAGGGUUCUUUCGUGGGCGCUUGGCGUGGACAGGCGGAACAGGCCCGACCUAGAGCACUGCGGGCGGGCCGUCGUAGAAGCACGAGCGUCGCGAGAGCAGCAGGUGACCGAAUGGACUCNGGGGGGGGGGGGGGGGGGGGGUGAUCGUCCCGCCCAGUAGGUCGCCGACUUGUUGUGGCGGCAUGGCUUGAGCGGGGGGAUGCUAUUUGUUCUGUUUUGUUACGGCCGUGGAGAGGGUUUCGACAGGGAGCGGCGGCGGUUUCACCACCUUGGAACACCUAGGAGGCAUGCAUGUGUUGAGACGAAGUCUCGAAGGACGUGCGCUGUUUCACACAGGGUUCGUGUUAGAAGAGACGAGGUUUCGGACAUCAGGCCGGGAUGUGUGCUGAUUUUGUAUGCCAUGCAUUUGUCACCCUUGUCUUGUCCGGGAAAAGCGUUCGAUGUACGUAGGCGUGUUCGUUCAUGUUUGCCGCCUGCGACGUGAACACCACACAAUUUUUGAUGAUUUUGACUUUUUUUGAGAGCCCUAUUGUGGUACCUNGGGGGGGGGGGGGGGGGGGACGCAGAUGCUUCACGUCUUUUGUCUAUGAUUGCGAUGGCCUUUUGACGGCAACGCGGGGGAGGGAACUCUGCGGCUUGCUGUAGUUUGCCCACAGGCGGGUGUGGCGGUUUGUACACUUGGAUGUUGGAACUCACAUUUAGUUGUGUUUUUGUUCGUGGGUUGUGUGGGAACGAAACUUUUCCUGGGGGCGGUUAAUAUUGUUGGAUAUCACCAAAAACAAAAAAUAUAUAUCAAAGAGAUAUUACCCGCGCUUCAUUGUUUUCACAGGCGAAUGAUUGUUGUUUUGGGGCAGCCGGGCGUUCCUGUGCGGACAUUAGAAGGUACUGAGCAGAGAUGGGCACUCUUUUUUCGUGUAAACACAACAACAACGUCCUCAGGCGAUUCCCCCCCCCUUCUUUACUCCCUCCUGUAUUUUGUCCUUUCGCAUGCAAACGGGUGUAUUUUGUUUGUCCUUGGGAACGAAUCGAAUCGAUGUUCCAACUCCGCAGAAAAUUGGGCCGUUAUUUUCUUUGUGAAAUCGCGCCCCUGUGGAAUGUGAUUAUUAUCUAUAGGGUUGGUUUGCUGUACGUCCUCCUCCGGGGCUGGUUUUGUU